AUGAUAACGACGUUUAACGACGAUAAGAGGCGUUCAGUUUCUGAGAAUAUAAGUAAAAAGGAUAAAAGGCGUCAACAAGUCAGCUUAAGACUCAAUAAACUUGACUCGACGUUUAAUAUCGAAAGAGAAAACUAUUAUCGAGUCACCUUACAUAACUUACAAAACAAUUUGGCCACAUUACAACAAGGAGUCAAUGAAGAGUUCAUGGAAAUGAAAAGUGAAUUGGAGGUUACCAGAGAUUUCGAAUUAACUAAAUUAAGAUUAUGGGAAGAAUAUCAAGUCAAAAGAUGUGAAGAUGAAUAUAAAUCUGAUUUACAAAUAGCCAAAGAGAAUCAUGACAAGAUGGUGAAGUUAAUAAAGGAAAAAUUAUAUGAUAAAUUACAGAAUGAAAUCAAGCAAUUGAAGGAAGAUAAAUUAUUACUUAAUUUAGUUAAUGCCAAUAGUUGGGGAAAUUCUCUGGAUCCUACCACAGUAGCAUUGAAUUCUAUUGCUGGAAGUACUUUGAAUGAUAGAAGAUCAUUAAGAAAAAGAGAAUUCAGUAGAUUCACUUCAGGGGAAGCAGAAGAUUUAUCUGAUGGAGGUAGUGGUAAUACUACAAGUGGAUAUUUCUCAAGUAAUGGGAAAAGAAGAAGACAUUAUGCCACCAGGUAUUCAUCCAACGAUGAAACUUCCAGUGUUCAACAUUCACAUAACCAUUCGAAAUUGAAUCAAAAUGGGUUAAGUAGUGGGAAUGAUUCUAAUUUAAGUGAUAAAGAUUAUGAUGCAUUGAAUAGUAUAAUAAUGAAUAAUGAAGAUGGAGGAGUAUCCCUUAUAUUGGCUGAUAAACGUCAACAAGGAAAAACUACUAGAAAUAACAAUAAACAAUUUGUUGGAGUUCAAGGAUUGAAGCCUGAGGAAUUGAAUGAUGAUUUAAAUUUAUUGAGAGGUGCCAUGAAGUUUGAACAUUAA